AGGUAGCGGCGUGUGGAACAUGGCUGGGAUGGAAACUCACAACACCAGGGAAGUGAACUGUAAAACUUCCAGCAGAGCUGAAGCUCCCACAGGAUUUAGUCUCACCCCUCAACAGUGGCGUGUCCUGGGUUUAGUCACGCAGGCUUAGCGCUAGCGGCAAUUCAUUGUCAAGUUGUGUUUACAGGCUUUAAACGCGGCGUUACUAAACGUAGGGAGAAGUAUGACGACAUCGACCUGGGCUUCCUGAACUGAAGUCAAGCUCCGUAACCUAAACCCAGAGCUCGGCUCAGAGGACGCCGUAGGUGAACAAACACCAGCUCGGGAAAACAAUUCAGUAGCACUCGGGUAUUGUAAGACUAUACGGAGUGACUUUCUGGUGAAGCUUCACUUAGUUUAGUCAUGUCUCUGGUCGACCAGAGCCAGCAGUGGUUCCCCACAAGUGUACAUGUAACGGUGCAUCAGGGUCGGAACCUGCGCGCUAAGGGCAAGAAUGGCACCAGCGACUCGUACGCCAUCAUCCAGGUGGCCAAAGACAAGUUCUCCACCACCGUGGCCGAGAAAAGUGUCGAUCCCGUAUGGAAGGAGGAGGCUUCCUUCGAGCUGCCACUCUUCCACCCGGGCAACGCUGAGCGGUGUACGCUGUACAUCAUCGUGAUGCACCGGGCCCAGGUGGGACUCGACAAGUUCCUGGGUCAAGCUGUGGUGAACCUGGUGGACCUCCAUGAGGACAAGGACCGCAAGAAGACAAAUUGGUUCAAACUGGUGGACAAGUCUGGCAAAGAGGACAAGGCGCGAGGGGAGGUGCUCCUAGACAUACAAUUUAUGAGAAAUAACAUGUCAGCUAGCAUGUUCGACCUUUCCAUGCAGGACAAACCCCGCUCUCGCAUUUCCAAGCUCAAGGACAAAGUCCGUGGGAAGAAAAAGGACAGCUUCUCUGACUCCGCGUCGGCUAUCGUUCCUUCCGUCAGCCAGGUCCUCACCGACAGCGAGGGGGAGCCUGACACGCAGUCACUCAGUCAGUCUCCGGGAACGAAAAAGAGAUCCAAGUUUAAAAAGCUCUUUGUCCCCAAAUCCAACCUGCAGCGCAACACAUCACAGUCCAUGUCCACGCUGGGAACUCUCCCUGAAAAGAACUCGUCUCUCAGCGGCAGCCGCUCAUCGGGCCUCAACGUAGACUCUCCUGAAGUAAAGAAAAAAUUCAAAUUCCUGGGACACAAGCGGACGGGCAGCUCUGACAGCAAGGUCUCUCAGGGUCCCUUCUCCUUACUGGGUCGCUCCAAACAGAGCAACAACGACCAGAACAGCCUGUGCAUCAACGGCAGCCAUGUGUACGCAGAGGAAAACGAGCCCAAGAGCGGAUCCAUGCUCAGUCUGAACAGCUCGGGCCAGGGCUCUGUGGAGGAAAUCCGCAUAAGUGUACCUGACCCCACCCUCAGACAGGAGUCAUCAAAUAGAGCCGUCAUGGAGCAACACCGCCAUCAAGAGGAGGAGCAGAGAAGGCAGGCAGAGGCAAGGAGGUUGGAGGAAGAGGAGAAACACAAGGUAGAGUUGAAGAGACUGCAGGAGGAAGAGGAUCUCAACCGCCAAGAGGAGCAGGAGAGGAAGAGACGAUUCCUCGAGGAUGAAGCGAGGAGGAAGGAGGAAGAGGAGCGCAGAGUGGCAGAGAGUCAGAGGCUUGAGGAGGAGCAACGCAAAGCGGAGGAGCGGAAACAGCAGGAGGAGGCCUCCAUGAGUGACAGGCUGUCCAGUCUCUUUGGCAUGCUCAGAAAGAAGGAGGAGAAAAAAGAGGAGGUGCAGGAAUCACCUCCACCUGCCACUAUCGUUGACACUAAAUCUCAUGAAGAACCAAACUCCCCUUUCUUUACCAACCCCUUUGAGGAUAUUCCUCUUGGCCUCGACUCCAAAAAUCUCGAGCAACCCACCUCGCAUAACUCCUCCAACCCAUUUGACGAGAUUCCUCUCGGCUCAGAUCCAGUCGUCGGCAAGAAUGAAAGCCCAGCUGAUCAUCAGAAACCUGGCCGUACUCCACAACCCCCCUCUGCCAUGGGCUUCCUCAACCGCACUGCUAAAGUGUCUGCAGUCAAACCCAGAUUGACUCAGUCUCUGGUGUCUGAACCCCCUGACAUCCAAACCCUCAGUCCGCCGUGUCCUUCCCCAGAAGCCACUUCUGACUUCACCCUCUCUAGUGUCUCCUCCGAUUCCCCGGCUACAUUCUCCAACCUCCACUCGUCCUUGGCUCCACCGAGCUUGAGUCAAAGCCGGUCUAAUUCUCCGUUUGGGAGCACAGAGAGUUUGGCAUCUGUGGAAUCUGUGGAAUCUCCAGGCGCCAUGUCGGAAAAGAGGAGAACGGCCCUUCUGCCAAACAUCUAUCCUCCUCCUGGGAGCCACAACAACACCAUGAGUGAGAUCAAGAACCCUGCUAAUGCGGGAGCAAAACAGUCUGUGCCUCUUCCCGAUUACGAAACCCUCUUUCCACAGAAGAGGCACGGCGUACAAGGGGAAACUCGAUGGGAUCAUAUCAUCGCAGAGGUAAAUCAGAAACACAGGGACACCCCGCCGAUACUUCUGGGUCCAGAGAUGAGCGUGGAUGCCCCAGCACAGCACGACCGAAGUCCGAGGUCUUCUGUAUCACUGGAUGGUCCUGCUACGAGCAAUUAUCAGACACACCUCCAGGAGACCAAACCUGUGUCAUCCAAAAAAGCAGCAGCCCAUGCUCCACCUAAGCCGUUCUCAUCUCUACGUACACAGCCACCAGAUGUCUCAACUCAGUGGCAAAACCAGAACACUGCUCAUCAAUCUGCCCUCAGACCGAGUCCGUCUGUGGUCCAAGACCCUUUGUACCCGGACACCUCAAGCAGAGAAAGUCUCUCGGGGAUGUCCAGGGACGGAGAGAGGAGGGCGACGCACUCGCUGCCUGUUGCGACACACGUGUCCAGAUCGACCAGCCAAAGAAAUGCAAGUCUACCAGAAAAUGAAAGGAAAGCGCCGGUCUCCGCAAACCAAGACGCACCCACAGCCAAACCCAGACAGAAGAGGGACAAAGAGCAGCAGGAAGAUUCUACCGUGACACCGGACAGAUAUAUGCACCGUCGGACCUCAUCUGGUGAUAGUACGAGACGCACGGACAAAAAUGUGGAGCAGGCAAAGGAGGACUUAUCUGCCUUUGACCCGUACUUCAGUAAUGAGCGUCGCUCCAAAGACCCGCGGACACAGCAGAACAAAGAAGACCUUUUUACUGGCAACAUGGAAAAAAAGUACAAGCCUGAAAGUCGGGGAAUGACAGCAGGUGACCUUGAUGAAAUCUUUAGCCAGGACAAGCCAGCGGAUCCCUUUGCUCAGGGCAGUGAGAACAGGACAGGUGCAGACUCAAAGCCAAUUAGUUUUUAUGCUUUUCAAAGGAGCAACUCGCAGAGACAAAAACAGGCCCUGGCAUCAAAAGCUAACUCGGAUAGUAAAGGUCCCCAGACUCCACAGGAGCCAGCACACAGAGAAGAAACAACCAAGAGUGGAGCUAAUCAAGGCCUCGCUGCAAGAGACUUCACCAAAGAGCCUCAAGCUGACGUCAUAACCCAAAACUUUUACAGAGGAGAGUCUCAGUUUGGAGCUGAAACUGCUUUAAGCUCCUCUGAGUCCCUCCAGAUGAUUAUGGAGGAACCGGCAGAAAGUCUGUCUGCUGGAAAGACACCAUUGCAAGCAAGGGUCCCACCGUCUGACGUUCAGACUGUCAGUGCUCAGAACGGCACUGGAGGUGGUCUAGUCCUGUCUGCACGCAGGCCUCAUCCCGUGAAGCCUCUGACGUCACUUGAGAGUCCGCACACCAACAGCAACCAAUCUGUGAAAGACAUGAAAGUGUGGGACAACACACCCGGAAAGAUUAAGACUCUGGCAGACUCGGGUCGGAGCGGCCCCUUCAGUCAGCUGACGCAGGAUGAGCUGAUCACGCUGGUGGUGAAGCAGCAGACGGACCUGUCCAAGAAGGACGGCAAGAUCGUGGAGCUGGAGGACUACAUCGACAAACUGCUGCUGCGCGUCAUGGAGGAGAAACCCAGCAUCCUGGCCACCAUCAAACCGGUGUAAGGAAGUCACUGAGAGACACUCAUCUACGAUCUAUUAUAAAGGUCUUAAAAGCAUAUGCACUUGAAGAACCAUUUUUUAAUUAGUUUCAGAAUGCUGGAAAACAUCUCUGAACUAUUAAUAUUUGGUUAUUAUAACAAUAACAAGCAAAAAUAAACAAUAUUUAUGUGAGCGGAUGAAUGUAUUUGUUUUGACACUAAGGUACUGCAAUUUGAAUUUAAUUGUUACAUAAUAUACAUAUACACUGAGAUAUAUAUAUGUAUGGAACAUGGGUUGAGGUAUGUUUAUUUAAUACACACGCAGAAAAAGUUCUAUUUUUCUUAAUUAUGACCUGUUUUGAUUCUUUAUUCUGAUUUGUCUUUUUUUUUUUUAAACCCUUAUACGGGGUGUAUACUUUGUGUAAUUUGUAUAUAAGCAUGUUUAUAAUAACCACACUAGGGCUGCAGCGUUUAAUAGGUUAUUAAUCGAUCAAUAAAUGAAUCCUCAGCUAUUUUUAAUUAAAAACAAGUUGUCUUA